AUGAGAGAUGAAACCAGUAAGUUUAAGGAGUCUGUGGCUGCCCAGCGGCAAGAAAUUGAGAGAAUGAAUGAGAAAUUAGUUGAUGUAACAGAGAGCGUGAAUGGGAAUGCGUAUGGCCCCGUCGAUCGAAUAGGGUCCACAAUGGACGUCUCGCUGCAGACCCCGGACGACAGCUACGAGGUGGAGGUGCCACUGCAGGAGGAGUUCCAGUCUUUAGUUAUUGAACCUUGGAGUUCUGUUGUCACGCGGCGGAGCUGGUGUGCGACAGAGAGAGCAGUGGAGAGGCAGGGAGAGACGCUGAUAGUUCGAUUUCCGGUAGCUGACCAUUUUGAAUGUACGGAGCAGGGCUGCAGGUCGACCUUCAGAGCUGCAUCCUGGACAGCAACGAGGAGAUCGCUAGAGCGCCACCUAGAGAAGGACCAUAACAUCAGGAUCCGGGCCACCGCCAACAUAUGUUGGGAUGCGGCCGGCGGUUUCUUCGCCUACCGGUGUGAGGAAUGUGAGGAAACCUACCCUACGAAGCGUGGGCUGCAAAACCAUCAGCAGUGGCAUCGAGACCAGGCACGGCGAGCCCAGUGCACUGUCACGUUGCCGCGCCCUCAGACUGGAAGGAGUAGGAGACAAGGACGAGACCAACCACCACGAAGUGCGGCUACGGCUGGCGACUCGCCCGUCCCGGCGGCAGCGGUCGGAGGCAACUCCCCCGGUGCCGUGGCGGAUCGGGCUGACGUGCUAGCUGCGCCCGCAUCAGAACGGGCUGAGGUUCGAGCUGUGCCCGCAACGGACAGCUUGGUGUCUACAACAGGUGAGCCUGAUAGUUCAGUUCAAACUCCACAUACCAUUGCAUCUGACAACGUGCCACCGGCCGUCCUGACCACCGCGGACGGCACAGACGUGGAGGGCACCCCACCGCCGGACCCAACGAGGGCAACGGCAAGGCAGCUGGAAUGGGUCGCGUUCUUCAACAACGUCGAGAGCGCCGCCGAGCUGGACGACGCGCUCCUCCGCCUCGAGGAAGAGGCAAAGAAUAUAGGCCGGGUCACGGCCCCUCGUCAGCCGACCACUCGUUACCGCCAGCCGGCCCCUAACCCGGCACCCCGCAGCCGACGGCGACCCACGUACGAUGCGGAGGCCGCCUCCCGCAUCCAAAGACUCUACCGUAGAUGCCGACCCCGUGCUUUCCGGGAGAUUACAGAGGCUACCUCCCCCUUCUGCCAGAUCCCGGCUGAGGACCUACACAUGCACUUCUCCCGUGUCUACCGCCGGGGGCCUCAAAACAUGGCAGAUGUGCCUGAGGAGGUACCGCGCUACGACUCGCCGGCAGAAAACGACCGGAACCCGUUUGCGGACUCUUUCACCGCCUCGGAAGUAUGGAAACGACUGCGCCGCUGCAAGAACACCGCGCCGGGCCCAGACGGAAUUCGAUACUCCGUCUGGAAGAAAUUUGACGCGGGCGGCCACAUCCUUGCAGCCGUCUUCAACGGCGUAACGCGGCUGGCUCACAUUCCGCGGACGUGGACGACCUCGCAAACGAUCCUCUUGUAUAAAAAGGGGGACAAGACCGACAUCACCAACUGGCGGCCGAUCGCCCUAAGCAACACCAGCGCGAAGGUGUAUGCAUCAGUGUUGGCGGAGCGAUUGGGCGCCUGGGCGGCCCGCAACCAGCGCAUCAGUCCCAGUCAGAAGGGGUUCCUGCCGAUGGACGGGUGUGCUGAACACAACUUCGUGUUGCAGUCGGUCGUCACGGAUGCCCGCCAGAACCGCAAGCAGUGUUGCAUUGCGUGGCUGGACCUGACCAAUGCAUUCAACUCAGUACCGCAUGAGACCAUCUUUACCGCCUUGCAGUGGGCCGGCCUGGACAGCGAGGCGAUAGAGGUCGUUCGCAGGCUGUACGCCGGCAACACCACGACCAUCCGCAGCUGUGCCGGCUACACACCGGCGGUGGACAUCGGGGCAGGGGUGAAGCAGGGAUGCCCGCUGAGCCCCAUCAUCUUCAACCUGGCCUUCGAGCCCAUCCUUCGUGCCCUGUCCAACCUAAACACUGGAUAUCAGCUGCACCAGGAAGCGGUCCACUCACUCGCGUACGCGGACGACUUGGCACUCGUCGCCCGGACUCCCGUCGACCUGCAGCGGCUCCUCGACGUGGUUCUUGUCUUGGCCAAAGUGGAAGAUACAAACAAGUUGGUACAUGUAGGACAGACUCACACAGAAAAGUAUAAAUUGUACAAACGAUCAUGA